UGGUCCUCCCCGCACACAUCGCAGCAAGCCUAAAUGUUGUGUUGUUAUCGAUUGAUUUGUGUUGGUUCGCUCGUCGGUUGGUCAUGUUUUGGCGUCUGUUGUGAUUCAUUGCUGGUGCGGAUCCGCACUAUCAGUGCCGUAUUGCUCACCGUGCACAAUCUUAGAUCAACACCUUCUGGGUGACCCUGGGGCGGUGUUUCGGGUGGAGUAGCGUAGUACUUGCUGCUAUCAGCUGCGACGCCAAGGAGCGGAAGAUUCCUCACCAAUCGCGUCGACGGUACUGCGCGUGUCGUCGCCGUAUGUUGUGAUUGAUAUGCGAAACGCAUACACACACACACACACUCGCUGAAUCUGGCGACAGGAUGAUGAUGGUCUGUACCGCGUGUGCGUGUGUGUGUGCGCGCGCGCGUUAUCAAUUGAUGACUUUUGGACUUUUGGCGGUCCGAGUCUUCCGAUCGCAUCGUUUCCUGCUUGGGAUUAUCGCGCAAUGCGUACACGGGAAGCGAGGCAGCAGAAGUAGCGCAUUAUCGGAUAAGGGGCUCUUUUUUUUAUAAAUCGAAGCUAGCUCUGUGUAUUGUUGCUGCACACCAGUUGCUAUCGUUGCCAUAGCGAAGAAAGGAGGCUCGUCCAGCAUUUCAUGAUGGAAAGCGCAAUAAAUCAAUGUAUUCAGUAGAGGAGGCUUUUUUCUGCAGCGCUUCAACAUCCGUCGUUCAAUGGAACCGUCGUACCCGUGCUAAGGUGGAUCAGCUGAAACGCCCGUACAGCAACCGUAGUGGCAAGCGGCGAAGGAAACACGAAAGGGAACGAAAUACCAGCACCGGCGUUUGACCGUGCGGCUAGUUGGAGAAAUAUCAUUUUUUGCUAGCUCUGCUUUUUCCUGUACACAAACCUGCAAAUUCGAUGCCGACGAACAGCAGCAGCAGCAGCAGCAGCAUCAUCAACUCGUACUCGUCGUGGAUGACGCAGCUGCACACUAGUAGCAUGGGGCAACUAUAAUAAAUUAGUCAAGCAAAAGUCUUGCCAACACGCGCGCAUCAUCUCCCGGUGCUCUCGGUGCUCCAGCGAGAAGCAAGUUAAUCGUGGUCGAAACGAGAAGAGAACUACACACUGUACACUAGAUUGUAGAUCUAGUAGAAUUAAAAGCGCCAUUGAUAAGGGAAACGCUAGAAAAAUCCAGACCCCUGCUUUGGACGUACAUUCCGCGACACCGCUCGGUAAUCGCUGUGCAUACGCAUACACAACAUACAGCACAAUCCCCGGGCCGCAAAGUUCAAGAUGCCGUGCUAUAGCUUAAGAAAUAUCAUAAAAUAUCCUCGGGCCGUGCUGCGGACGAUCCUGGUGGUGGCGAACAACAUCUACUGCGUGCCGACGUAUCUGGUGUGGAUGUUUUUACUGCUCCCACUGAGAAAGGUGCACGAAACCUAUUACUACCGCAUCGAGGGCAUACUGUUCCACUGGCUGCUUGCGAACGUGUCCAUGUGGUCGUGGACGGCCGGGUACGAAGUGGUGGAGAUGGGUGACGACAUUACGACGGCCUUCGACAAGCGCACGUUGGUGCUGGCGAACCAUCAAAGUACCUCGGACGUGCCGCUGCUGAUGGCGGCCUUCAACGCGAAGAAGGGCAUCCUGCCGAACAUCAUGUGGAUCAUGGACCGGCUGUUUAAGUAUACCAACUUCGGUGCUGUGAGUCUUGUGCAUCAGGACUUUUUCAUUGCAUCGGGUAAGAAAAAUCGCGAAAAAUCGCUCCAGCAGCUCAAAUCGCACAUACAACAAUGCUACGUACCGCGGAAGCGCAAGUGGAUGGUACUGUUUCCCGAGGGAGGUUUCUUGCGCAAAAGAAAGGAAGUUAGCCAAAGAUUUGCAGAGAAAAACAAUCUACCAGUAUUAAACAAUGUUACGCUGCCUCGCGUCGGUGCGAUGAAGGCAAUCAUGGAUAUGCUCGGAGCGCCCAGCGACAUGAACGUUUGCUCCUCCACUGCCUCAUCCGCCACCUGCUCCACCACGAACCCAACAACACAGUGCGGUGGCGGCUGCGGCAGUGCGGUGGCACAGGAUGCGGUGAAACAAUCGGACAGCAACAGCAGCACUAUCAUCACCAGCAAAGCAAUAACCAAGGAAGACGACGACUGUGAUACCUGUAAGGAUGCUUCGUACGCAAUGCUGAACGGCCAGUCGGGUGGGUGCUUGGAGUACGUGCUAGACAUUACGAUCGCGUACCCGCAGGGUACACCGCUCGAUUUGCCCAACAUCGUGCACGGACUGCGGGAUCCCUGCCAGACGUUUUUAUUCUACAAACUUUACCACAGUUCGGAGGUGCCGCGCGAAAGCGAAUCCCUCACCCAGUGGCUGUACAAUCGAUUUUACGAGAAGGAGAAGCUGCUGGAAGAGUUUUACCGCACCGGAAGCUGGCCGGCCAGCUGCUGUACCAUUCCGCCGACGGUCGUGCACCAGGACUUGCUUCGGUUUUUGCUGAUACAUCUGUUCUUCAUUACCUCGACGUACGUGCACCUGCAGCUGAUUGUAAUGCUGAUCCAGUACACGAACGUCAUGUACGUGUACAUGCUGAGCUAAGUGGUCUGCUCUCCUCACACAAUCUCUUGUUUGCACCCGCGCUGCAAACUGAAGUAGGGUAGUAACGAGCACCGCGUUUACUUAACAUGGAACAGCUGCAGCUUCAAAACAAACAGUGAUUGAGACACACAUUUGCUAUAAAUUAUAAGUGAAAAGAACACUGAGAUGUUACCCCCUGUCAGCACGUAUCCCACAUGCUAGUGUUGGUUGGUGUGUUCGGGAGAAGCUAAAGCAACGUCAGCAUGAUGGGCGUGAAGGUAGCAGACGAUGAAACAAUCAAGCGACCCUUGUUUACCAUCCAUCCUCCUUCUCCAAACCCGGGGCUCAUCUCCGAGCGCCACAUGAGCUUGCUGCUGCGGCCUUUUCCUCGGAAAGGUAGCGUCUAAAUCGCACAAAACAUAUAUACAAAACACAAACCCUUUAUACUGAGAGAGAGAAGAUAGGAGUUGGCACAAAAAGAGAGAGAGAAAAAAAAUGCAAAAGGCUAACAAGUGUGAAGUUUGCAGGUAGGCAGUAGUAGGUGUAUGUAUUCGAUACAACCAACACAAACAUUCAAAUCAGCACACACGGCCGAAACCCAUGCUGCAGGCCGCCGCUCUAUCCUCUGUACAAAUUGUGAAUGCACGCGGUUUUGUCAAGUGUGUGGGUGUGUGCGUGUAGCAUAUAUUAAGUCAAGAGAACGGUAAUCCAGUGUAUCUUUACCGGAUGGUCCCCCGUACUAGUAAGUAAGCAUCAAACGGUGUGCGUGUGUGUGGGCGCGCGCGCGCGCCAAAAGUCAAUCUGUUAGGAAGGGCAGGAAAAUACGGUUUUUAGUUUUCCCUCGCACUGUUCCAACCGUUCCCGUUUAGCGUCGACUGAGGCGGGUUUUGAGAAGUUAAAAAAGAGGAACUUUUAGUUUUACUACUUACUACCACCCCGCUGACACGGUCACCGACGGAAGAGCGUGUCCGUGCGUGCGUGCGUGUUUUACUGUACUGUACGAGCUUUCAGCAAGCAGCAACCAAGUCACGUAAAAAUCGAGAAAGGUAGCAAAACUGUUUAAAACAGGUGUUAUACACAAUGCUUUAAGUUAGGGUAGAUUUAAACAGUUUACUUUGCCAGUUCUUUAACCCUACUUUCUUCCUUACUGCGGGCAUCAUCCAAGCCGCCGUUGCGUGUGCGUGCACGGCAUCAGUUGACUGUAAAUACUACUAUGCCGCAUGAUGGCAGGUUGAACUUUCCGUUUCCUAGCAACUAAAAGCUCCCUCCUGCCUGUAUCACUCUCUCUCUCUCUAUCUCUUUAUCUUUCUCCCCCUCCCCCCCUCCCCCCUAACCCAACGUGUACACUAGCAACUAUUUAAUCUAAUUGUCCUUAACGAAACAGAAACAGAACAACAGAACAAAAAUCGCUGUAACAACAAGGGGCACAGGCGAAAUAGGAGCGUUGAGUGUGAGUGGUUUUUCAUUUCUCUCCCGCGUGUUUCCGGGCGUGUGAUGCACGUGUGCUGCGUGUUUGUGUGUGUGUGUGCGCGCAAAAGUGUGAACGUAUGUGGAUGUGUGUGAGUUUGAACGCGGCUACAAGGAAGGCUACGGGGUGUCGCUUUUAGUAGUAUCCACCAUUUUUUUCAAAUAAUCUAGUUGACAACCAGACGGCCAUGUUUGGUAGUGUUUUAGAAACGUCAGUCCAGUACAAUCUUAACCCUGAACCACUUCCAAUCAAAACAUGCUAGUCAAUAUUUUUGUUUGGAUGAAUUUGAACGAUGAUCUUACCAUCGUGCAGAGAGUUAUACUCGCCAGGCUCUGGUGGGCUGGUCACGUCAUGAGAAUGACACCGGACGACCCAUCCCGUAAAGUCCUUUGAAGGCCGUCCACAGAGGCCCAAAUUGAUGAUGGAGUGAUGGCGUUGAUGCGUCCGCCAGAACGGCCGGGAUAACGGAUUGCCAGACGACGGCGCUAAACCGUGAACGGUAUCGAGGAUUGUUGCAGCUGACCAAGACCACAAAGCGGUUGUAGCGCCUGAUAAGUAAGUGAGUAAGAAUUUCACGCGGUGUAUGGCGUUGGGAUCAGGAAACGAUGAAAAUCCUCAAAAAUAUCUUUGCGAAAGCCGUGGGGACCGCCGUCCAGUUUCCGAGGCGACAGCGGCGCCGAUCUUACCACGGCAGGACCCCACCGAGGUUCAAAUCCCAUCCAGACCGCCUGCUCCCCGUACGCUGAAUACUUUGCUACAGGUCAAAAUCAAGUCACAGAAAGCCAGAGAUGGCAGGCUUUUGAGACCUCUCGAGGUUGUAGUGCCAAGGAAGAAGAAGAAGAAGAACGUCGUUACAUUCCCCCAAAAUCACUGUUGUGUGUGUGGUGUGUUUGGGUAAACGGAAUUUAGUGGAGCAGAUUUUACCGCACCAGCCUUUUCCCGGGGGCGGUCCGGUGGCCGAGACGACAGCGGCGGCGGUCUUCACACGGGGCAGGGCCAGGGUUCAAAUCCCAUCCAGAUCGCCUCCCCGUACGUAGGGCUGACUACUUUGCUACGGGUAAAAUCAAGUCACAGAAAGCCAGAAAUGGAUGACAGGCCGAGACUUCUCGAGGUUGUAGUGUCAAGGAAGAAGAAGAAGCCUUUUCUUUUCCCCUUUGAGAAUAUCUAAACUAAACUCCUACAUCAACCGGCCAUAUUGGUAACACUAAAAAACCAUCGAUGAAAGCCAGCUGGAGGUGACCAUCACGUGCCCGAGACCAUCUUGAAAAGCCGUCGGCGGAUACCACUAAAAGCGACACCCUGCAGUACGCAAUGUGCCCGCUGAGAAAUUAGCCUACGUGCGUUGUUUAGUGUGUAAAUGUAGCACAAGUUCCGUUUUCGAUGCGGGCGCCACGAGCCACCAAAGUACUUCACACCAGCCCCGCAUCCCUAUUGUUUGCUCAUUUUCUACAACCACACUACUACUAGGCACCGAAUAUACGCGGGAAGAACAGGCCGUCGUCUAUCUGAGUGUGUGUGUGUGUGUGUGUGUGUGCGUGUAGAGCAAGCGAGAAAUCCCUUCGCCUGUUACGUGUGGAAACGAUCGAUCGACAUCCCAUCGCGCUCUGUGGUGUGGAGGUUGCUUCGAUUACAUUUUUUUUCGAAUAGAAGAAAUACGACUGUAUGAAGCAA